UGACACACCUUCCUCCAGUCAGCCGUCAAGUUCAAAAAUGGAGAACUACGAUGAGGAAUUUGCCAUGAUGGUCAAGCAAUUCCAGAAGUUCAAAAAGUUCUUCAAGAAAGCUGACUCAGUCAGAAGGCCAUCCAAGGGAAAGCCACAGGUAAGUGACUCUCCUCCUGAAUCUUAUUUGUGUUACAAUUGCAGGAAGCCUGGCCACUGGAAGUCUGCAUGCCCGUACCCAAAAGUGGAGAAGUACGGAGAAAGAGAAAGGAUCGAGAAGAAAAAGAAGGCAAUGGUUGCUGCUGAAAGUGACGAGUCAUCCAGCUCAAGCUCGGAUGAAGAAGCUCUCAUCUGCAUGGAGCGCAGAGCUGAAAAUUCCAACCAUGAGGAUAGGUGGACUAUGUUAGAAGAUGACACUCUCUGCCUAAUGGCCAGAGAUGAUGCUGAUCAAGAGGGUUUUCCUCAGCUCGUGCCUUCAUUGCAUAAGUACGAGCAGGAGCUCGUCCCUGUUGCUGACUCUGGUUCUUGGCCGGAUUAGAUCCUGCCGUUGAUCGUUGACUUGGCGCAGGUCGUGCUGAUGCUGAUUGACUGACAACUGGGGCUGUCGG